GUGGCUCGACCCUUUGCAGCAGCAGCAGCACCGUGCGUCCGUGGAGGAGUCUCUGCCAGGACGUUUGGUUGGGUCCGAACUGCGACAGGUCGGCUGUUCCUGUCCUCCCCGUGGGCCUGGGACCAGAUGCUGCGGCAUUCCCAAGCCCUCGUUUCCCUGGGAUAUCGAGGUCCCACCCCUGACUUAAUCUGCCAUCUCCAGCGAGGCCAGGGGGAGCUCAGGGAGGAGCUCGGGGAAAGCUCACAGCGGGAGGACCCGGCUGCAGGAGGUGCCUGGCUGCCUUCCCAAGCUGAGCAGCAGCCUCCUGGGAAAGGGCCUGCAAACCUGGAGCCCCCACAGCCUUGCCCAGGGAGUCGGGGUGAGAUGGACGCCCCGAGACCUGAGGAGGACCGAUGGCCCCAGAGUGAGGGGAGGGCCCCAGACCAGAAGGAGGUUGCGGCAGUGGACCAGGCAGCGUCUCCAGUUGGCCAUGGGAGUGGGGAAGAGCCAGAAGCCAGAGGGAGCCCCGGGUGCAAGGACGAAUUUGUGGAGCUGAGCGAGCUGGAGAGCCACAAGGCCGAGUUGCAGCAGAGAGAGAGCCCGCAUCCGAACCAAGGCAGUGGGGAGAGCCUUGCCAAGUCCCAGGGGAAAGCCCAG